UGGCAGCGGACAACAGUUCUCAGCUUUGCUUACCAGGGUUAUUACUGGCCGAGGCUGCUGCCUGCAAAAGAGGCUUUGCCAGCCCCCUCGUGUCCUUCUUUGAAAAGGGCAGCUGGCUUGUCCCGGAGGACAUUGCAGAGAGGGAGAGCGCGGGGCAAAGCGGCUGCGAGCGCCCCGGGCGGGAAGAAGCCUCUUGCUCUUCGCUUUCCUGAAGCGAACUUGCCAAUCGGCAUCAUGCACAGCUACGGGACGCCGAGGCAGAACGAGGAUUAAGGCGGGAAAAGAGGCGCGGUGGGGUGGCUGGGCAGGGCGGGGCGGCGCUGGGAGCUCAUCCUUCUCCUAAGGGGAGCGCCGCGGGCGAGAAACAUCGCCGCGCCGACCGAAAGAAGCUCCUCGCCGGGAUCCCGUGCAGGCUAGAAGCCGAGCGCCAUGGAGGGGAGCCCGAUCCCAGUGCUGACCAUGCAGACGGUCCCGUACGAGGACCAGAAGCCGACGGGCGGCGGAGGGCUGAGGAGGCCCACCGCGGUCUUCGAGGGCCAGCGCAAUUACUUGCCUAACUUCAUCCAGAGCCUGCUGUCCUCCAUCGACCUGCGCGACCGCCAGGGCUGCACCAUGGUGGUGGGCAGCGACGGCAGGUACUUCAGCAGGACGGCCACCGAGGUGGUGGUGCAGAUGGCGGCAGCUAACGGGAUUGGAAGAUUGAUUAUUGGACAGAAUGGCCUUUUAUCCACUCCUGCUGUGUCCUGCAUUAUCAGAAAGGUCAAAGCUGCUGGGGGAAUUAUUCUCACAGCCAGUCACUGUCCUGGGGGACCUGGAGGAGAAUUUGGAGUAAAGUUUAACAUUGCCAAUGGAGGUCCAGCUCCAGAUGUUGUUUCUGAUAAAAUUUAUCAGAUCAGCAAAACCCUGGAAGAAUAUGCUAUUUGCCCUGAUUUGAGAAUUGAUUUGUCUCGGUUGGGAAGACAGGAGUUUGAUCUGGAGAAUAAAUUCAAGCCUUUCCGGGUUGAGAUAGUGGACUCUGUGGAGGUUUAUCUUAAUCUUCUGAGGACCAUCUUUGAUUUCAGUUCUAUUAGAGGCUUGCUAACUGGGCCAAAUCAACUUAAGAUCAGAAUUGAUGCCAUGAAUGGAGUGAUGGGCCCCUAUGUCCGGAGAAUCCUGUGUGAGGAAUUGGGAGCUCCUGCUAAUUCUGCAGUUGACUGUGUCCCUCUGGAAGAUUUUGGUGGCCAUUACCCUGAUCCAAACCUUACAUAUGCCACUUCCUUGUUGGAAGCAAUGAAAGGAGGAGAGUAUGGAUUUGGAGCUGCAUUUGAUGCUGAUGGGGACCGUUACAUGAUUCUGGGUCAAAAUGGAUUUUUUGUUAACCCUUCUGAUUCCCUGGCCAUUAUUGCAGCAAAUCUCCAUUGCAUUCCGUAUUUUCAUCAGAUGGCUCUGCGAGGGUUUGGUAGGAGUAUGCCUACCAGCACCGCUUUGGACAGGGUGGCAAAAUCAAUGAAAGUACCUGUAUAUGAAACACCGGCAGGAUGGAGAUUCUUCUCAAAUCUGAUGGAUUCUGGUCGAUGCUCUCUCUGUGGAGAAGAAAGUUUUGGCACUGGAUCUGACCACAUCCGAGAGAAAGAUGGACUUUGGGCUGUUUUAAUUUGGCUCUCAAUUAUAGCAGCUCGAAAGCAGGGCGUGGAGGAAAUUGUUAGAGAUCACUGGACAAAAUUUGGCCGUCACUAUUAUUGCAGAUUUGAUUAUGAAGCACUGGAUCCUAGAAUGGCAUACUACAUAAUGAGAGACCUGGAAGCCUUGAUCACUGACAAAUCUUUCACUAAUCAACAGUUUGCUGUUGGAAACAAUGUUUACACUGUGCAGAAAGCAACCAACUUUGAAUAUGUGGAUCCCGUAGAUGGCACUGUGACCAAAAGACAGGGGUUGAGGAUUAUAUUCACUGAUGCUUCCAGACUCAUCUUUAGAUUAAGUGCUUCAAGCCAUGUGCGAGCCACCCUUAGAAUCUAUGCAGAAAGUUAUGAAAAAGAUCCCAGCAAACAUGAGAAGGAGCCACAGGCGGUUUUGAGUCCACUCAUUGCCAUUGCACUGAAAAUAUCUCAGAUUCAUGAGAGGACAGGUCGUAAGGGUCCCACUGUCAUCACCUGAAGGAGAAUUGCUGACUGAGGGCCAAACUCUCGGGCGGACAAGGAAAAAUGAAGACAGUGCUCAAACGCACCAGUUCUUUGUGCCUUAUAUUAGCUUAAGGGCUUGGGGGCAGUUGGGCGGGAGGUGGGUGGACAAAAUUUAUUUUGAGUUUCAUUCUUAAGAAAAAUGUGCACUUGUCUCUUAUAGGCUUCAGCGUCUUCUUGUGUUGCAAAUGAUCAAAACCAGGGCUGUCUGAGUAAUACCAAGAUUUGUUUAUAAGAGAUGAUUUAAAAAAAGAUUCCUGUGUUUUGCAUUUGCAAGGUGAAAAUAGGCUACAUGUUUCCUUAGCUAGAGCUGGCUGCAAAACAUAGAUUUUUGAUAAUAGUGUUUUAUGAAUCACCCAUCGUAAUUUAAAAAGAAAGCACUCUUAAUGAUAGUCAAGGACAUUUUUAAAAUCUCAAAAACAAGAUAUUAUUCUUAGGUUACCUUAUUUUCUAAACCCAUCGGGGAGUUAUGAUGGAUUGAUUUUGAAUUAAAAUAUAACAGGGCUCUUAUUUCAGAUGGUCGAAGUCCCAGAAGAACAACCUAGAACAAGGGUCUUCAAACUUGGCAAGUUUAAAACUUGUGGACUUCAACUCCCAGAAUUCUUGAACUAACAUGACUGGGGGAGGGAUUAUGGGAGUUGAAGUCCACAAGUCUUAAAGCUGUCAAGUUUGAAGACCCCUGGCCUAGAAUGUCGGCAACUUUGUCCUUUUCUUGGGCUGUGACAAAGUGUUUGUGUAAUACAAUGAACCAUAAACUAGCCAAUCACAUUUUAGCCUAGUGGCUUCGUCACCCUGGUCUGUGUGGUUAAUUUAUGGUUCAAUGAUUUUUUUACAAAUUUGGAUUUAUUAAGUAAACUAUGAGUUAAGGAUGGGUAGGUUCAUGUCAUGUGAACAUUGCCAUUUAAUCCAAAGGGAGCAGCACAUGAGAAGAAUCUGCAGGUGGGGCUAUUCUAAUCAAUGAGAUCACAAAUAUAUGUAGCCCAGAAGAUUUAUUUGCAAAUAGGUUCCCCUGAGCGACAAAAACAAUGUAAUCUUCCAUAACUGUGCCUAAUUCUGCAGCUUUAUCCUGAGAUUUUACUUAACUGAUUAUUUUUUUUCAAAGUAUACUGGCAACUGCCACUCCUAAUUUCUCAGCUCAAGUUUUAAUGACUACAUUUUUAUGCACCAGUGCUACAUUUAUACACACUUUAUGUAACUAAAUCUUACAUAUUUAAAUGGAAAAAUGAGAAGUUACCUUGCAGCAAUCUGUUUGGCAAACAGCUUUCAUGUUUUGUUCAUGUCUGCUGUUACUCAUAAAUACCAUCUCCAGCAUAACCGAUUUGUAUGUGUGGUCUCUCUGCUUGUAGCUUACAAAUGGGACUGCUUUUUUCUACUUAUUUCCUAAGCCACCUUCUAUUCAGAUUCAGUUCUACACAGCUUCAGUUUUAAGGAAAAUACCUUUUGCUAUGAGCUGAUGAUUUGUAUUCUGGAUUUAUCUCCUACUCUGGAGCUAUCUUGACAAUGAUCCCUCUCCUUUUGUUAUCCGUUUCUUUUUUUAGAAGUAAAUCUUUAGGGUAUUUCCCUCUCACUCUCUUGUGCAUGUUCACUAUCACUCUCUCAUACACAAAUAUUUAAUUAAAAUUAAUUUAAUUCAAAAUCUUUAAAAGAUACAUUUCAAGAUAUAUUUAUGUUCCAUUUUUUAAAAGAGCUACAGAUCACAGCAGAGCUCUAACUUUUAUGCAGAUGGACCAGCUAAUUCUUUAAAAACAAACACCAAAC